CCGACAGUCCACAUUCUGUUUCACUUUUACCAAUUUCAGAAAAAUUCAGUCAUGAGCUGUAAACCUGUAACUAAUUUUUUCCAAAUUUUUGAACAUAUAAGCAAUCCCUUCUUUUCAACUUUUUCCCACCUCUUUACAUCAUCAGUAUCUCUCUUUUCUCUCACACACGCAAAUCAAGAAGAAGAAGAAGAAGAAGAAGAAGAAGAAAAUUCCAUUCCGGAAUCCAAAACAAUCAAUGUGAUCAAAGCUUUUGGACUCUUAUAAAAAAAUGGACGGAGAAGAUAGGCCGAGGACGAUGUGGAGGAGCUUGAAGCAACGGUUGGGAUUCACCGGACUGGUCUGCUGUGGAUCCUCUUGGAACUUGAGAGUAUCAGACGUGACAAUGAGAGAAGAAGAGGCCCAACAAUUUGAAGCCCAAUUAUUCGGUGAAGAAGAGCCCAUAAUCGGGGCCCAUCAAGGAAACGUGAACCUCGCUACAGCGUUGGCAGCGGAACGUCGGUACCGGAGCGUGGAUGCGACGGCGGAAUUGAAGACGCUGAUGAGAUUGUUUGAGGAAACGGACGGCAUAGAUGAGGAGAAGAGUCUGAAAUGGUACAUUAAAGAAGAAGGAAGAGGAGGAAUUGAUGAAAUGUGCUGCGUGUGCAUGGAGAGAAAUAAAGGCGCAGCGUUUAUCCCCUGUGGACAUACAUAUUGUAGGGUUUGUUCAAGAGAAUUGUGGAUGAAGAGAGGCUCUUGCCCUCUUUGUAAUUGCUCCAUUGAUGAGAUUCUCAAUAUUUUCUAAAACAUCUCAUGAAAUUUUUUUCAUCAUCGA